AUGAACAUCGACCAAACUGAAGUUCUCACAGCCAUGGCUCAGCUCUUGUGGGAUUUUUCCGCCACUUGGGGCCUUUCCAUUAUUGCGUAAGUUGAAUUUAAUGGAUUAGUGUCACUGAAUAACAUUUUCAGACUUCUCGUUCUUCUCUACGGCGCCAAGGUGUACGACUGGUUCCGCGUCCCGGUCAUCGCUCAGAUCGACAUCGAAGUGCCGAUUCAUUUCAACACACAGGAAUCGUGCAAGUGUGCGCAAACGCACAUCUCCGUGGAUCAGGACCAUCCCGAAGUGUUCCACGCGGAAGAUUCCGACGACGAGCUGCCGCUCUACAUCCGCGAAUUCCUGGACACCGUCACCGAGCCGCUGCCCUUUGUGGACCUCCCCUAA